AUGUGCACUCGGGCUGGACGCGUAUGCCAAGGGUAUACGGCGCCACCCGAUAAACGAACCCGUGAAGUCCGAGAUGCGCGCACCGCGAAGACAAAUGGUGGGGCUCUAAACAUUGUGCAUGUAGGCCAGCAACAAGCCCAAUGCGUUGGCCUGGUCCAUGUGGUUGAUGGGAGUCAAGUUGGCUUGUCGCGGAUGGAACGCGACUAUUUGUAUUCAUUCCGUUCAUAUACUGCUGGCCAGUGUGCUGGGUAUCACUUUGACCCAUUCUGGCAGGUUCUUGUUCAUCAAGUCAGUGAAUCUUGCCCUGAGGUGCGCCAUGCAGCUAUUGGUAUCGGUGCCUUGCAUCGUAGAUUUGCGAAUCCCGAUUCCAACCGGAAUGACAUUUUCCCACUCCGGCAGUCCACAAAGGCCAUUGCUUGUCUCCGCACAGCUAUGAUGAAGGAUAACCAAUCGGAUCCCUCGGUUACGGAGAAGAUCUUGGUAGCCUGUGUUGUUUUAGUUACAUUCGCCCUAUUCCAAGGCGAUGUUGAUGCCGUUCGCUGUCAUCUGCAAGCUGGCACUAAACUUCUCUGGGAGUGGAGAAAGAAAAAUUUCAGGAACCCAGUUGCUUCGGUUUUAUUACAUACAUUUAUACAACUCCACAUCCAUUGGGCAAGCGCUACAAGGCUCCAGGAUUAUAUAGGAGGUUUCCCCUAUCUUCAAGAACUUAUCCAUGACAACCUCGUCGAUAUCUCUGCAUAUACCGAUGAACUGUCAAAAGCGACUCUCCUAGUGUCUGUUCAAUCUUGGGCGCUAAUGUUAAGUGACCCCGUGUCACUUGACCCGAUGACCACCAAUCUCUCAAAAGGAUUUACAUGGGACACCCCUGCAAACAAGGUCCAUCGAUUUAACAUGCAAGUGGAAGAGUGUACUGUUCUUCACCGGAAGGCGGCCUCUCCCACAAAGCUCCGUGCCUUCAUGGUCCUCCAGAUACAGAUUGAGAUGAUGCAAAUUGUCCUCGCCUCAACAAAAUUUUCAGGCUGUGAAACAGAAUGGGAUAGUCUCUUACCCCAUUUCCAGGCUAUUGUUGAUACAGCAGAAGUGUUGUUGAGUAGCUUCGAUCAGUUGUCCGAUCCACUAUUUUCUGCCAAGGAAGGAUUCUUAGGGGCCCUUAUGUUCUGCGGGCUCAAAUGUCGUGAUUGGACGGUUCGGCAGAAAGUGUUGGCUAUCUGCCGGAAGUACCAUCGGCGAGAAGGAAUGUUUUCUACCACCGAAGCUGCUCUCCUGUUACAGCGUAUGUACGAUGUUGAGUCUGCAGGGAUUCCACCGGGAGAGAAAAUCCCAGAGUCCGCUCGUAUCCCCAAUAUGUACAUCGCGGAAUUUCCCAACCAUUCGAAAUUCCAGACCAAAAGUCACAUCAAGUAUUGUGACAGGAAUGGGAAUUGGUACAGUGAAUGGCUGUCACCAUGA